AUGGCGAUCAAGGACUGGGGCCUGUUGUCGCAGGCGGACGAGGAUGCGCUCCACAACGUAUCGCGACUUUUAGCAGUGGAGGCGCGCCCAUAUACAAACGCCGCCGGCCGCCUUCUCAAGCCCGGAUUCUUCGAGGAUGCGCGCCCGAAACAGCUGCCCUCUCCACCACCUGACGCUUCAGCUGCCGACGAGGAAGCAGCCGCGCUUGCAGCCGAGCGCGAACAGCAGGCGCACAAGAUUGAGAUAUGGCGCAAGGACAUUAUGAACGAGCUCUCCCUGCUCGACUUUGCGAUUCUACGCGCCGAGUUCACGACGAAUAGCAAUCACACGGAGCGCGAGCGCUACGCCGUGGACAAGACGGCCAUUGAAGCAAAGCAGGACCAUGUCCGCAAGACAAUUGAGGAUCUCCGCGUCCGCCUGGUCGAGGCCAAGGAAACACUUGCCGUGCGUAAGACGUACGACGAGUUGACCGAGAAAAUCACCAGCUGCAAGAUGCUGAAGCCGCGAGACGAGCAAGCACAUGCACACGUAAAGCUAGACCAAGAGAUACGGGAGCUUGAACACGAGGUACAAUCGGCAAAGGACACAUGGAGCGAGCGCCGCACGCAGUUUGGCCGUAUUGAACAGGAGGCACGAGAGAUGCUGCGCAUGAUUAAGGAUGAGAAGGAAGAGGCUGAGCGCAAAGAAGGCAUGAUGAAGGAUGGUGAUGAAGAUGGCGAGGGAGAGGGAAGCACGUCUAGGGGGGAUGUUAGUCACGCCGGUACGCCGCGGCCAGACGGCAGUAUGACGCCUGUACAUGCCAGUCAGGGCGGAGAGGCGUCGUCGUCGCUACGAGUACCGCCCCAGGAUCGGCUGAAGCCUCUCUCGCGAGACGCCAGUGCCGCACCCUCAUCGGGCAAAUCGGGUGUCGUAGAGGACACGGAUAUGGCCGAUUUGAGGGCAAACUCGGGCGAUGUCGAUGACGGUGACUCUUCGGGAUUGGAAGAGGGCGAAGACCUGGAAGAUGGCGAGGAUGACGGUGAAGACCACCCAUCAAUUCGGAUGGACGAGUCGUGA